GCUUUUAACGAACAUUUAUGAAUAACGUUCGCAGUGGCCCCAUCGCUCGCUUGUGUGGGUAGUUCCUGACCUCAUUGCGGAGAGAUACAGGUCACGUCGACUGCUCAAGCAUUACAUGGGCGUGUGAAGAGUCUCGGUAUAGAGACUGGCUUACAUCAGAUUACGUGAGGCAACCAUUGCGGUUAUUUGAUGGAGGAUGUGGUGGGUUUGUCUGACACUGACACUGAGUGUAUGUAACGGGGCAUCCAUUCACGAUGCGAGACGUUUACAAAGUUACCUGUUCUCAAACUACACAUCUGAGCACAGGCCACUGAACAACCAGAGCGAAACAGUCAAGGUGUCAGCCAGUGUUAACCUGUUAGACAUAAUUGACUUUGACGAUGUGAAACAACAGUUCAUAUGUAAUGCUCUGUUCAUUAUAGACUGGAAGGAUGAGUUCUUGGUCUGGGAUCCUGAGGACUUUGGUGGGAUCAAAUAUUUCACGUUCAACAAUGGCUACAAGGCAUGGUUUCCGAGCCUAACGGUGACCAACACACUGGAAAAGCGAGACGUUUUCAAGGAAGAUACUCAGCGCAUGACAGUUUUCAGCAACGGGACCGUGCUGUGGUUUCCGUCCGCCAUCUUGAAGACGUCUUGUCCACUCAAUGUCCGCACUUUCCCCUUUGACGUCCAGGAAUGUUCCAUAUACCUUAUGGCCGUGCAUUACACGGCCAAAGAAGUGGAAUUUGUGACUGGAAGUGAUAAAGUCCACGUUGAUCGAUUUCAAAGAAGCGACCAGUGGGAUUUACUGGACACCAGUUUAUCAUCAAUCAGGACUGGUGAUGUGGACAAGUGGCGUAUUACCCUCAGAUUUCAGCGUCGACCGUUGUUCUACGUCCUCAACGUCCUUAUCCCCAUCGUCAUCCUGUCCAUUCUCAACAUGGCCGUCUUUGCUGUCCCUGUUGAAUCUGGUGAAAAGCUCUCCUUUGCCGUCACAGUGCUUUUGUCACUGAUCGUCUUCAUGACGUUUGUAAGUGAACUCAUCCCGAAGACGUCGACAGGGAUAUCCAUGUUGACGGGGUAUCUAACGACGGUGACAGCUUCUAGUGCCGUCAACGUCAUGUUGAUCAUUGUUGUUCUCAUCCUUCACAACAAACCGAAUAAAGAAGAGAUUCCAAGGUGUUUACAGAAACUUGUUUCCUUAGCUCGUAAGGUAUCUUGCAGGAAGAUUUAUCCCUUGGACCCCACGACCAUUGACAGGUCGGUGGGCUGGAAGGAUGUUGCGGAUGCACUGGAAUAUUUCUGUCUGAGAGUGCUUCUGGUUAUUUUGAUCAUAUACACAACCAUGUUCUUCGUCGGACUAACGGUGUUCUGAGAUUGGCAGAUAUUUUAACUAAACUCUAAACAUUCUACCUUUGACAUUCAGGUAAGAAAUGGUAAUGGUCUUGGACAUUAUAACUAUUUUUCCUUUUUCAAUAAUUACAGAAUCUUUCAUUUUACUCUUUUGUAACAAGCUGUUUCAAUAUUUCACGCAGUUGUUGGCAAUAUAUAGCCUGUUUUUAUAUUGUAUUGUCAUCUAUAGUUAAACUGUUUUAGAUCUAAUUACUU